AGCCAUCUGGAAAAACAGCAGUAGGGAAGAGAUUUUUGACAAGGCACAACUGUGCUGCUUUCGGAAGACGGAUUCCUAACUUGCGCUUCUUUGUGGCAUAUGAUUGAGCCAUCCUGAUUAGAAGCUGUGGGACUGCUGGAACCAGGAAGACAGAUUUGGCCGUGGCAGGUUUUUUGGGGGGGGGCAGAGAGAGAGUAUUGCACAGAGGGGAAGGCGUGACCAGCAUGGAGAAUGCCAAAGAACCCAGACACACACACAUUCUCUCUCUCUCCUCUCUCCCAUACACACACAAAUCUCUGAACAAAGAUAAGCCGGACAGCUGAACAUUUGGGGCCACACAAACCAUUGUCAACAAACCACCCUCUCUCAAAAGGAUCGAAAGACACCAAGACCAGUGGAGCUCACAGGGUGAAGAAAUGAGAUACUUACUGGUCUGGUCCCUUUGUGCCUUUCAUCUCAUCAAAGCGGACACCAUUGAACUGACCGACAUGUUUGGGGAGAUUCAGUCCCCCAAGUAUCCAGACUCCUACCCCAGUGAUUCAGAAGUGACUUGGAAUAUAUCAGUGCCAGAUGGGUUUCGAGUCAAGCUCUACUUCAUGCAUUUCGAUCUCGAAUCGUCCUACCUUUGCGAAUAUGACUAUGUGAAGGUUGAGUCUGAAGAGCAAGUGUUGGCAACUUUCUGCGGGAGAGAGGCCACAGACACAGAGCAAACCCCGGGGCAGGAGGCAAUUGUGUCCCCAGGUUCUUACAUGAGCCUCACAUUCAGAUCGGACUUCUCCAACGAGGAACGCUUCACAGGCUUUGAUGCCCAUUAUACGGCAGUGGAUAUCGACGAGUGCCUGGAGAACAGUGACGAGGAGCUGGCCUGUGACCAUCACUGCCACAACUAUAUUGGCGGCUACUACUGCUCCUGCCGGUUUGGCUACAUUCUCCACUCUGACAACAGGACUUGCAAAGUGGAGUGCAGUGACAACCUCUUCACUCAGAGGAAUGGGGUGAUCAACAGCCCAGACUUUCCCAAUUCCUAUCCCAAGAGUUCUGAUUGCUUGUACCGCAUUGAGCUGGAAGAAGGCUUCUUCAUUACGCUGCAGUUCGAAGACAGCAUUGACAUUGAAGACCAUCCAGAGGUCACCUGCCCAUAUGACUACAUAAAGAUCAAAGCUGGACUUCAGGAGUUUGGGCCUUUUUGUGGAGAAAGAUCUCCAGGAUGCAUAGAAACUCAGAGCAACAGCAUCCAAAUCCUGUUUCACAGUGACAACUCUGGAGAGAAUGGUGGCUGGAAGCUGACGUACACAGCAAUAGGGGAUCUCUGCCCACUUGUGGAGCCUCCACUCAAUGGCAAAAUUGAGCCAUCCCAGGCAACAUAUACCUUCAAGGACCAGGUGGUCGUCAGCUGCAGCACUGGAUACAAGGUCCUAAAGGAUGGCGUGGAGAGCGAGACGUUCCAGAUUGAGUGCAUGAAAGAUGGGACAUGGAGCAACAAGGUCCCCAUCUGCAUAAUUGCAGACUGCAAGACACCACCGAAGCUAGACCACGGAUUUCUUUCCUUCUCCACACCACGCAACCUGACUACAUACCAGUCAGAAAUCCAGUAUUUCUGCCAGCAACCAUACUACCAGAUGGUCCCCAACGUCACAGGUACCUACACCUGCGAUGCCAAGGGGAUCUGGAGAAGUGCAGAGUUGGGGAUGCGUCUGCCAUCUUGCCAACCAGUAUGUGGGCAGCCAACCCGCCCGUUGCCCACCCUAAUCAAGCGUAUCAUUGGUGGGCGAAAUGCUGAACCCGGCCUUUUCCCCUGGCAAGCUCUGAUCGUAGUGGAGGACACAUCCCGAGUCCCUAACGACCGGUGGUUCGGCAGUGGAGCUCUUCUCUCCGAGUCCUGGGUGCUGACAGCCGCCCACGUCCUUCGCUCCCAGCGCCGGGACAACACCAUCAUCCCCGUCUCCAAAGAACAUGUCACCAUCUACCUGGGCCUUCACGAUGUGAGGAACAAGAUGGAUGCUGUCAACCGGACGGUGGAGAAGAUUGUUCUCCACGAGGCCUUUGACAUCCAGAACUACAACCAUGACAUUGCUUUGGUGAAGCUGAAAGAGAAGGUCACCAUGGGACCUUACGUCAUGCCAGUUUGCCUUCCACAGCAUGAACAUGAGUUGGAAGGACCACAACCCAACACACUGGGCCUGGUGGCCGGCUGGGGCAUCUCCAGUCCUAACAUCACAGUGGACGAGGUAAUCAGCUCUGGCAUGAGGACCCUGUCUGAUAUUCUGCAAUACGUCAAGUUGCCAGUGGUGUUGCAUGCCGAGUGUAAGACGAGCUAUGAAUCCCGAUCAGGAAACUACAGUGUGACCGAGAAUAUGUUCUGCGCUGGCUAUUACGAAGGUGGGAAAGACACUUGCCUCGGAGACAGCGGGGGAGCAUUCGUCAUCCAAGACCUUGACAGCCGGAGGUGGGUGGCCCAAGGAUUGGUCUCAUGGGGUGGACCAGAAGAGUGCGGGAGCAAACAGGUCUACGGGGUUUACACCAAGGUCUCCAACUAUGUGGACUGGCUGCAAGAGAAAGCUGGAUGGACAUUCAUGGAUGUUGACCUGCACAGAUGAGCAUGUUGUUGAGCAUCUUAAUGGACCACAAAAUGGUUUUAUUCACACAUACACACACACGUGUGUGUGUGUGUGUACAAUUACACACGUGUACCAUUGUUAUUAAUGGGAAGGAGGGAGGAUCCAUUUGUUGUUCCUCCAAGGAGUGCUCCUGUUAAACGAAUAUCACAUUUUUCCAGAGCUUGAAAACUUCAUUAUAAAAAAGAACUAAUUUGAGUUGCCUUUUGUCCCUUUAGAAAAUGAACACAUUCAGUUCACAAUCAGUUCACAGUUCAAUCCAAGUUCCUCCAAAAGAAUUUCAGCAUUCAGAAUGUUACCAACUGCUGGGCAUCCCCGCCCGCCUGACAGACUUUGCCCAUGGAGGGAAUGUGUGUGUGUGGAGAUAACCAUCUGGCUCCCCAAGCCAGAUCCAGUCCCCCUCCCUUGCAUAUUAGACAUUCUAUGAGCCACUCACCCACCCUUUCUUCCAAAAUACUUUCCUCCCCUUCCCAUUUAACAAACAAGCAUGAAACCGAAAGUCCAGGAAGCCACCAUCUGAACACAACCUCUAUGUAUUGACUUUGUCUGAUGGCCAGUAUAUUGCUCAUUUGAGUGACAAGCCUGCCUCUCUCUCUCUCUCUCUCUCUCUCUCUCUCUCUUUCACACACACACACACACACACACAGAGAGAGAGAGAGAGAGAGAGAGAGGGAGAGGGAGAGGGAGAGGGAGAGAAGCCUCCUCUAGUGGCUGCUUUGUGUUUUUCUGUCUCCCCUUGAAAGAUGAAAACAUUAAACUAUAGAAUUUGAGCUUUUAGAAUCUGUCCCAAAACUUUAAUACUGUGAUAGUGAUGGGUUUCCUAUACCCAAAAAGUCGGGAUUCAGAGUCACAUCCUCCGAAACACUACGGAUUUCUUCCUAAAGCCAAGGUUCACAAAAUUCAAGUUGUCAUCAGACUAGAAUAUUUAAAAGCAAUUUAUGAACAUUUGGUGAAUUCCAGAUUUCUGCUGUUAUUCCCUCCUGCAUUGCUUCACAAUGCUGACUUCAGUGUCAUGUCGCACACAAACAGCCUGUGCCCCAGAGGCAUAUAUUUUGGAAUCAUUGGAUCGGAAGGCAAAAUUCAUGGAUUUUUUCCUUUGAGAGGGAAAACAUGACAUUGCAGCAUCUUGCCCUUCAUUAGGCUGAGUCUCACUCAUAAGAGAGCAAUUAAAAAUGGCCUCUUUUUAAAGGGAUCAGUUCUUGUUUAGUACUCUAAGCCAGCCUUUGCCAACCUGGUACAGCUAUGCUAGCUGGGGCUCAUCAGAGUCGAUAGUCCAAAACAUUCCAAGGGCCCACGGUUAGCAAAGACUUCUUUCAAGCCAGAUGAGAAUCUUUAUCACAAAGAAUGCUCUGAGAAAAAGUGCAACCAAUAAUGUGUUCUUACUGACAUAAGCUGGCAGGAGACAGGAAUGCUUUAAUUCAGGAUGGUAAUUCAAAAUCUUGCACACCUUCCCACUAUCAAAAGUCACUCCAAUGAAAGAUAAUACCCUUACUCUUUUGGAUCACGAGGGUUCCCAUCAUUGUAAGGUCAAAGAUCUUUUCUUCAUUCACAAACCCUCCCUGGACUGAUGAACUUUUUUUUUUAAGUAAAAAGAACAAUGUCUGUACUGCCUAUCCGGCCAAAAUCUAUGGUUCUUACUCACUGGUUGUUCAUUCAUCCAUUAAGAGCUUAGCUGAGUAAGGGCACCUCCACACAGGACUUUAUUGUAGACUUGAAAAGAAUGCUGUCCAGAGAAGGGCAUCCAAAAAGAUCAAGGGGGUGUAGGAACUCCCCUAUGAGGAAAGGUUACAAUAUUUGGGGCUUGUUAGUUUAGAGAAAAGGUGAGCCAGAGGCUUGAUAGAAGAGUAUAAAAUUAUGCAUGGUAUGGAGAAAGUGGACAAGGAAAAGUUUUUCUCCCUCUCUCCUAACGCUAGAACCUGUGGACAUCCCAUGAAGCUGAAUUCAGGACAGACAAAAGAAAGGACUUCUUCACACAGUGCACAGCUAAGAUUAUGGAAUUCAUGCCCAGAGGCGGCAGUGAUGGCUGUCAAUAUGAAUGGCUUUAAAAGAGGAAUAGACGAAUACAUGGAGGAUAAGGCUAUCAGUGGCAACUAGCGAUGAUGGCUAUGUUCUCCCUUCACCAUCAGGCUUCUCACUGGGACAUCUGGCUGGCCCCUGUGAGAACAGGACGCUGGACUAGAUGGGCCACCAGUCUCAUCCAAAAGGUUCUUCUUUUAAGACCGUUCUUAAAUUUUUCACAGUGUCCAUAUGACAUCAUCCUCAUCCAUAUGCCAUCUUAUUAUACCCCCCGUUUAAACUGGAUUUACCAUUUCCAUAUUUUGUUUUCCUUUGUUUUACUCAUCAGAUUUUCUGUUAAAGUGAUAAAUCCAGAAUUAAAUGGGGAAAUAAUAUGGGGUGACAUUUGGAGGAGGUGGAGGAUGUUUCGCGGACGCUGUGCAAAACUUGCAGGCAUGAGGAGCACCAAGUCCACAACAAAACUGCUUUGUGGAAUUGCCCUAGGAAGCAAGCAGCAAACACCAAAGACUGAAAAAAAUCCAAAGAAAGUAGCCUCAUGGUUAUUAUAAUACAUGCUUAGAACAAUAUUCUUGGCUCUGUUACAUAUUUAAGAGAUAAUAUGCUAUUUGUUAUGGGUUUUUUAUCCUGUUUUGUAGCAUUUUUACCAUUUUGUAUAACAAUCUUUAGAGGGAAAGAGAAUAAAAACGAUUCUAUGAUAUACAAAUCUCUGCAGAUUGAGAAUUCCAUUGAGGGCACUUCUUGUCGGAAGUUGUAAUGUUGCACCACUGAGUGGCGUGCGGAGCUUUGCAUCCACAUCCCAGAUUCUCAACACUCCUAGCAAAGAUGUGAUUUCGGCUUUUGAAAAUUUCUUUAGGAAUCUUUCCUAACAGACUGAGCUUCAGUCGCGGAUGGAGGCUCUGUGUCCAUGGGACAGGAGAAUUGCAGGGAUUGUGGAUUCCAAAAUCAGGUUUCUCUCCCACAGUUUGAAGAGCACAUUUUAAUUGGGAUCUGACCUCAAAAAUUAAUAUCCAGCCCCCCAAAAUAAAAAAUACAUUUUGGUGUGAAUAGGAAAGUAUAGAUGGGCAUGGUUCUGGCUGAUGCUUAGUCAAAUCAAUUAGAUUGUUCUACCUAUAUCAGCAGAUGCAGAAAUUCAGGCAGAGCAAUUCUGUUCACAUGACCUAAUCUGCCCUUUCUGAAAGAAUACAUGAACCACAGCUUUCUUUCAAAAUCCACACUCCUCUGAAUGCUGGGAUGCAACCAAAACCCGUGUAGAAAAAUGUGCGUGUUAGGGGAAAGUGUGCAUUACAGUGUAUACAUCCGUGGAAAUAUCAUCCACAAAUAUAACAGGGAGAAUUGCUUGCGAAAAAAUGUGUAUGUAUCGUAUGCAAAAUGGCAUCCCUGGAGUUCCAGCAUCUGCUCUGCUGCUGUGCACCAGUUUGGUGAAGAGGUGGGGCAGGGAGAUGGUGAGGUUGGGACAGUCCAGGCUCACCAGCAGAAGUAAUCUGGCACUCCCACCAACACACCUGAACUGCCCGGACCUCACCAUCCCGGUAUGUGGCAGCAACGUCGCUACUGGGAGGCCAGAUCCGUGGUGGCACCACCUCUCCCUGCUGGCUGAUCCUGCCACUCCCAUCAGAAAGCCACAUUGUGCAUCUGCAGAAGCUUCCCAAAAGUCAGCCAAGGGAGUCUUCUCUCUUGAUCCGACCCUCCAACCUGGGUGGCUUGAAAAGAGGAUUAGACAAAUGCAUGGAGGAUAAGGCUAUCAAUGGCUACUAGCCAGGAUGGCUAUGCUCAGCCUAUGCAGCAUGAUACCAAAUGCCAGUUGCUGAAAACCUCAAAGUGCUCUUGCGCUCAGGCCCUGCUUGCGGGCUUCCCAUAAUGGGCAACUGGUUGGCCACUGUGAGACCAGGAUGCUGGACUAGAUGGGCCCCCUUUGGCCUGAUCCAGCCAUAGGGCUCUGCUUAUGUUCUUAUGUCUUCUCAUGGUCAAACUAGAUGUGAUCCUAGUUGCAUUGUUACUCACAUGCACCCACAAGAGUCAGGCAUAAAUUGCAAAAGUCUUCACUAUCAAUGCACUCCUUUGCCCAGGGCAAACAGGGUGAGUCCAAUUGUAUGGAAGAGCCACUGACCACAGUUGUCAGGCCUUCAGAAGCUUCAGAAAGGACUCCCAGCAGCGACUGAUGCCAUCCUUGGUUGCACAGCUGCCUCAGUAGCGGCCGGUGCCUCCAUGUCAGUGGGCAAUGGAAUCCGCUCCAUGUUUUCAUCUGAACAUUCAAGGACCUUCAGACCCUUGGACAACUCUUUGAAAGUUCAGACAAAAACCUAGAGCGGAUUCCGCAGCCCCACUGACAUGCAGCCACCAGCUGCCACUGAGCUGCCCUACAUGCUUUGGCAUUUUCAUCACUGGCCCAGCUGCUACCAUUUCCUUCUUUAAGACCUUACCUGGACAUUGCCUGCCAAAAUGGCAGACAUUGCCCAACUGAGGCAGAAAUGUGGUUUCGGGAAGAGGAUGGGGAACAAGUGGUGGUGCAUCACAGGCACUCCCAUUGGCAGGCCAGCAAGCAAUGGGAGGCUCAGAAGUAACAAGCCCCCGCCCCAGUUAUGGAAAGAGGAGCAAAGGCGUGGGAAAGCCCAAACAAGGGAAUGUGAAUGACAUCCGUCCAUUGCCAGCCCGCAAUGCAGAGAGAAGUCAGUGUACAUGGGGACUUGCUACCCUGACUGUGAUUUUUAAGGGAGGUACUUACCCCUGUGAAAGAAUAAUGAACUUUGACCUUUCUGAUAAGUAGGAUUCUAUAAUCAGUAUGUUAAUGUCUGCUUAUAAGAGCUGCUUUCUAUCUUUCUAUCACAUCUUAAGGUACAUUUUGCAGUCACAAAGGAAAAUGAGGAAAUUCUGUGGGAUGCCAGCUAGCAAGGGAACAGGGGAGUUGUGGUCAAGCGAAAGAUUUCACAAAGAGUGUUAGUUUACAUGUCAAGCCGCGACCAACUGGUAUAAGCUAGGUUCUUAGGAUGAUACAAACCAGCCUAUAGAAUGGCCAGGUUUUCAGAUAGGGGUGAGUACCAAUGAUAUGCCCUAACACAGGCUCUGCAAACCCCUCCUCACUGCUCUAAGUAGGGGAGAUACAUCACAUGCAUUUGUAACUACCCCUCAGGAAAUGACUAGCUUACCAUGUAUGGGAUAAAUCUAGAUGGUUCAAUGAGACGUAUUGAAAACUAUAUAAGCCUGUGAAAUCAUGGUUCGAGAGAGGGAAUCUUUGACUCUCUCUCCUGAUGUACAUCAGUGAUCUCUUCUUUAUUGCAAUAAAGCUUGUUCAAGCGAUUGCUUCUUCUACAUUUGACUGGUGAGUUAUUUUUCCUUCGACACCCCGAAUUGCCAUGAGAGUAGAAUCAGGUGAGAUGACACCCGGUGAAGAAGGGAAGUGCAACCAUUGCUUAUUGCACCGUAACAUGGCCCAACUGGACCACACGGUACCCACGAGGAAUAUGGUGUCUGCUUCUUUGCAUCCAUGCACAGUCUAAGCAUCAGCCACCC